CACACCCCCAGUUCCGCGAGGGAGCCGCUGCUUUUGCAAAACUGUCCCGUCGGGCGGAUCCUGCAACCAUCAUGUCUCCAUCCUCGACGCCCUUCGCCAGACCUCGCUGCCUGGCUGCAGCGGCUCCGGCGGGCAAGACCAAACUUACCCAUCCGGGCAAAGCGAUCUUAGCAGGUGGCAUCGCUGGCGGCAUUGAGAUUUGCAUUACAUUCCCCACAGAGUAUGUGAAAACACAGCUUCAGCUGGACGAGAAAGCAAACCCACCCCGCUACAAAGGAAUUGCGGACUGUGUGAAAGUGACCGUCCGAGAUCAUGGGAUCAAGGGGCUCUAUCGUGGCCUCAGCUCUCUGGUUUACGGUUCCAUACCAAAAGCUGCUGUGAGGUUUGGCAUGUUUGAAUUCCUCAGCAACCACAUGAGAGACGCAGAAGGGAAGUUGGACAGCAAACGAGGGCUCCUGGCUGGCUUGGGGGCUGGCGUGGCUGAAGCGGUGCUUGUGGUGUGCCCUAUGGAAACCAUAAAAGUGAAGUUCAUCCACGAUCAGUGCUCUCCGCAGCCAAAAUACCGAGGUUUCUUCCAUGGGGUGCGGGAGAUCAUUCGGCAACAAGGCUUCAGGGGAACUUACCAGGGUUUAACAGCGACUGUCCUGAAACAGGGAUCCAACCAGGCUAUUCGCUUUUUCGUCAUGACAGCUCUCAGGAAUUGGUACAAAGGAGAUAAUCCAAAUAAAGCCAUCAACCCGCUUGUCACUGGGUUGUUUGGGGCAAUCGCCGGUGCAGCCAGUGUCUUUGGCAACACGCCACUGGAUGUCGUGAAGACCAGGAUGCAGGGCCUGCAGUCUCACAAGUACAAGAGCACUUGGGACUGUGCCUAUCAGAUCAUGAAAUAUGAAGGACCUCUUGCGUUUUACAAGGGCACGAUCCCCCGCCUGGGCCGGGUCUGCUUAGACGUGGCCAUUGUGUUCAUCAUCUACGAUGAGGUGGUCAAGGUACUCAACAAGGUGUGGAAAACGGACUGAGUGCCCGUGGAGGGUGGCACCACCUCCUCCCCACCCACCAGGCAACAGCGGGGAGGGGAGGGGAAGGCACGACCCACCACAGACGAGGGGGGCGGCCCUACCCACAACUCCGCCCACCCGGCAAGUAGUGCCAGCAUUCCAGGGCUCCUUCAGCUCCACAGGUGGGAUCUGGAUACGGAUCACGUCCCCGACCUGCUGCCUUCAUAUCAAGCUCAAUGACACGUUUUAUUUAUAUCCGAAUGAACUGUGGCCGUGUUGCUGGUU